AUGAGGAUCUCAAUAUUUACAGUUUUGACUUCGAUAAUAGGAGUCCUUUAUGCCCAAACUUGCCAGGAGAUCCAGUGCUCUGACAUAGACCUUACUGAUAAUAGCAACAUUAAUGUAGGGGAUGAGUGCUUGAAGUCCUUCAGUGGUUCAAGUACAGUCUUAUCUUCAUGAAAUACAUAUGAUAAGCAAUAUUGCCAUAUGACCGCAACUUCUCCAAUGGCCGGAGUUUGCAAAAGCAAUGCUACUCGCUUUGAAUUCUACCCAGUAGAGAUUGCCCUCCCAGGAGAAAGAUGUGAUCCACAAAGAGCUCUUUAUGAGUGAGGGUAUGGGUACAGAUCCUGCUCUGCAUUCAGAUGUCUUGGGUUCCUCGAAAAUGAGCGUUGAGCAAGACAUGAGGAUUGUAAUCCUGGCCUUUUCUGAGAUACCACUCUCAACACUUGUCAGAAGAUCAAAGAUUUGGAUAACCAGUGCCAGCAAUCACAGGAUUGCGGAAGGACAGCCACAUGCAUCUUCCUUAAUUCAGCUGAUGCUAAUGGAAAAUGCACUGAAUACUACACAGUUCCUCAAGGAACAAGUAUUUAUGCCAAGACUGAAGAAGACACCUUUGUCUGUGAGGACGGAUAUGGAAGCCUUACUACCGUCACUGGUGAGUAUGAGUACAAAAUUGGCACGGAUUUCGUUGCAGGAAGUUAUGAAUGAGGCAAAGCAAUUCUCUCAGAAAAAGCAGGCGAAGAAUGCAAAACAAGUUUUGACUGAUACUCUUCAGAUGGAAGUGUAUUCGCCAAAUGUGACUGCUCUUCUGGCUCAAACAGUAAAAUAUGUGGAAUCCUUCCAGGAAAUGAAGAAUGGAAGGAUUACUUCAGCUCUGUGAAAAAAUACUACAAAGCAACUAAAAAUUGUCAUGGAGCCCAGACCUUCGAAGGUGUAUGUGGGGAGUCUGAACUUAACGACAAAAAACAAUGCAAGAAAGCUAUGGCGAAGAACUACAUCCAGUACACUGAAGCUUCAGAAUGUGUGAAACUUUACUCCAACAAGUACUUGUUCCCUGAAGUUAACGAGGUUGAAGAAUGGUGUAACACAAAAAGAAAGUACACCCUACUAGGCAUCAACAGUGGUUAUGGGCCAUCUAUUUCAGUCCUUGUCCUGACAAUGCUCACUGCAUUCCUCUCAUUCAGUUUGUAAUUUCAACAA